AUUACGUGAAGAAAGUGCAAAAAAAGAGCCUCCAAAUUUAAAAAAAUUAAUAGAUGAAUUAUCUACUAAAGAUCUGAAUUCUGCAAAAAAUAAUAUUUCUACACAAUUGGUAAUGAUACUAACCACUGAAAAUGAUCCUGAUCCAGUUAAUUUUUUCAACUUAUAUAAAGAACUUAUUAGUGCUGAAGAUGAUAAUAGAAAAUCGAACCAAAAAGUUAUUAAAAGAUAUUAUAAUUUUGGAUUAAAUCUUACAAAACGCCUAGAAUACUAUAAGAAAUUUCACAAAAAGCAAGUUGCCAAAAUUCUAGUAAAUGACGAA